AUGGAGGCUUCUUUGGUGGACAAGACUGCCAUUUCUUCAAUUAGGGUUUCUUCAUUUUUCAUUAAGAACACAUCUACUACAUUCAUGUCUCUGCUUCUAAGCAGGCUCUCCAUCUCCAAGCUCCGUCUUGGGCAGUCUAGAAGACAAACUCUUCUACUUCUCUCCAGUGGCUUCUCUUCUUCACCGAUCCAAAAGCAAACCCCUCCUUAUAUCAUCAGUGGCGCUGAACCUUGUGGAGAGGGUUUUCUAGGAAAACUCACCGUUGGCUAUGCUAAUGAUCCUCGCAUUGAUAUUCAGUUGGAAAAGAAGGUCCCAGGGGAGUUGCUGUACAACGACAUUUUCAAAACAAUGGUAACAAUCGGUUCAUCACAUGGCUGGGUGGCUACUUUGAAGGAAGACGGCUUAUUGCGUCUCCAAGACGAUCUAAACCCUUCUGCAUCGUACACAGACCCUAAACACAUCCCACUGCCUCCUCUCGUGACUCUGCCUUAUUGCCAAACCCAAAUCAUCACCAACGUUUCCAUGUCCUCAUCUUCUCCAGAGGACGAAGACUGUAUCGUGGCUGUCAAGUUCUUGGGACCUCAGCUCAGCUUUUGCAGACCAGCUCAGAGAAACUCGGAGUGGACCAACGUCAGUGUAGACAACCCUUGCUUCUUCUCCUCCCGUGUCGUGUUUUCCAAGAGAGAUGAGACGUUUCGAAUGCCAUGUUCUGGAGGCCAGCUCAUCGGAUCAUGGGAUCUUCGCAAGGAGAAGCUCAACAUCCAGAGGCUGCAGUUUAAAAACCUUCCCGUGUUGGACAUCGUUAACAAACCCUAA